AUGUCCUGCAAUCACAGCAUCGAUGAACAGGCCGAAGAAGAGCAGAUGCAUGUGCCGGAUACCUCUCCCUCGAAUGUCGACAAUCUUUUGUCUCAGAUAUUUGAUGGGAAGCUUCUCCACUCGCGUCCUGUCUUGAGCCUUUCAGCGGCCAAGAACAUCACCAAGCCCAUUGAUCCAAUCAGCAGGCUCUACCUUUUAAUUGAGGGAUUUUCAAACAAUGCAAUUGUAUUUGACGCGUAUUUGCAUCCCAUUGUGGAGCGCAUUUUUGCAAAUUUUUCCACCGGGCUUGCAUAUGAAGAUCCUCGGUCCAUUUUCUGCUAUAACCUCCUUUAUCUUUGCUCCCGAAUCAGAGGCCAUAAGGCAUUCUCUCACUAUUUUCCCACGUCAAUCGAGUGGUUCAGAUAUAAUUUGAAUGUGACCUACCAACUAUAUGUACUUGAAUCGGGAUCUUGUAAAGACCUCAUCGAACUCAAAUACUGUACCGUUCUUUGGAUGGAUCAGCUACUGAAACUACCGUUUAAGCUGCUUGAUUUGGACCCCUCAAAGGUUGGUCGUGUACCAGAUUCAAUCACAUACGGGUGGGACCAAACGAAAUUGCUAUCGUUUUUAUAUGAGGGAGCCCCUUUGCUAGAGGAUUCUCAAGCCAUUGGGUGUGCUUAUCUGCUAUACUAUUAUGCAAAGUCAUGUGAUAGUCAGUGUUUAGAUCAGCGAAUGGUAUUUGCCAUAUCGGAGAAACUAUGUAUAAGCCCACAGUGCACUGCCGUCCAAAGAGUGCUCCUAAAGUUGUAUUCUGCAUUUUAUUUGUGCUUUGAAGAAAAUGUUGUUUCCAAAAGCCGUAUUUUGGAAGCUUGUGUGGAAAGUUUAAAGUGUAGGCUCCUUUUUUUUGAGGUUUUCUUAGAUGGUGUCGCACAUGGUGUCAAUGUUAGAGAUUUAGCCUGCUUUUGUGCAUGGUCUUUUGCAAGAAAUACCCCUUUCAACGACACGGAGCAUCUCCAGCGCCUGUUGGACGCUCUAAUAUCGGUUUCAUUUGUCGAUAGAGAAAUCCAAAUCCGUCGUGCUGCUGCCUCUGCUUUUCAAGAGCUCGUUGGCCGAAAAGCUGGUCUUAACCAUUACAUUAACCUGCUGCCUUUGAUCAAUUAUUAUUCCGUUAGCAAUCCGAAAGAGUGCCUUCGAGCAAGCAUGGUUGAUCUUGAUAGCUAUUCAGAUAAACACGGGGCCUUUUUGCUUUUGAAAUAUUACGUUUUGAAUUUCCCGGGUCCAUUGGUACCUUUUCGCGAGUCCAUUGUUUCCUUGUUAUGCACUACUUUUUCCUGGGCAUCAACAAAGCUUCUUUUGGAAAAUUCCGAUGCCAUACCUCUGUUAUGUUCUAUUUGCGAGCUACUUGAGGUCUUGAUGCGGGAGGCUCCACACUUUUCCAUCACAGACGACCUUGCCCUUCACGUUGCAAGGUUUUGUGUAUUUCUAUUUGACAUUGAAAACGUUAAUUUCAUUGAAAGGGCAGUUUAUCCGUUUGCCCAGCGUGGGUUCUCCCUUUUUACCGAUCGCCUCAAAGCAAAGAAUGGCGAUUUGCUUCAAAAGAUAUUUUCGGCUCUGCUUGCUAAAAUUUCGUCUUCAUCCGUAAAGACGGUUUCUCUUUCCGAUACUCACGUGCUUUCUCUUUAUUCCAUUAAAUGUUUGCGCCAUUUGAUGCCAAAAUGCACCCAUGUGGUCAGUGAGGCAUUACUCGAUCAGGUGUAUGAAUCUCUAAACUCGGCCAUCUUUUUUUACAAAUACACCAAAAAUGGCGAGCAAGGAUACCAGAUAAGAAACCUCGCCUUGUUAUUAACAAUGGAACUGGGCUCGGUCUUUACACCCCCCUCUCCUGCGCGGGAUAAUGCCGAGCAUUACAUUUUGAGACUCUGCUUUGACCGCAACGAGGUUACAAGAAAUUCUGCCAUCAAGCUGUUGCCGAAUAUAGCACAAAAAUAUCCGUUUGUUGGGCCAUCGCCAUCUCUUUCGUCGAUUGUGUCCAAUCUACACCUUUUCCCGUCCCCUUUGAAGGCAUCCAUUCUGAAGGGGAUAAUCUUCUUUUUGGGGGACAUUGCAUCUCCUUUGCACACCGAAAUCUUGGAUUCGUUACAACUCGAUCGGUCGCUUUAUCCUCUCGUUUUUGAACUUUUCGCUCAGUGUAAGCUGAAUAGCAUUGCGUUUGAUUCAUUUUGCUCAUUUUUUCUAUUUCUCUUUUCAAUGGAUGGCCUUCGAUCAUUCCUGGCCAGUCCCGAUUGCUCUCAGUAA